AAACAGGGAACUUAGAAGCUGCAGCUCGCCGGAGCCUGGAACAGAGGGGAGCUGAAGACGGCCAUGUGAUACUCCUCUGGGACCCCCAGACCCACACAGGGCCAGAGAGGCUUCAGAUCUGGGUCACAGACAGAGUUACUGCAUAAACUAGCCCUCGGCCCUCCUGCUGGCUGCCCUCCCUCUGGCCCCAAGGAGGGGUUCCACCUGCAUCCUUGGCCAUCACCUACUAGCCUUCGGAUCGUGGGCAGCCCCAAGUCUUGGUUCCUUUAUCAUGAGAUGGAGCCUUGGAGCAUGGCAAGUCCCAAGCACCCCGGGAGCCCUGGAUGGACGGGACCCAUAGCCAAGUGCACAGCAGGGACCAAGCAGGAAGCAUCAGCCGCUGGCCGAGACCUCCCGUGUCCAGGACCCGAAGGGCACUUAGACCCAGCCAUCUCCCCAGACCCUUGUCCCCAAAGUGCACUGACCUGGUGCAAGUGCUGACGGGUGCCGUCCCUCCAGACGCUCAUGGCGGCCCCAGCCCCAACUCCAGCAUGACCACCGGGGAGCUGCAGGAGUACUGGCGGAAGGAGAAGCGCUGCUGGAGACGCGUCAAGCUGCUCUUUGAGGUCGCGUCCGCCCGCAUUGAGGAGAGGAAAGUCUCCAAGUUUGUGAUGUACCAAAUCGUCAUCAUCCAGACAGGGAGUUUUGACAGCAACAAAGCCGUGCUGGAACGGCGUUAUUCAGACUUUGAGAUGCUCCAGAAAAGCCUCCUCAAGACGUUCAGGGAAGAGAUCGAAGACAUCGUCUUCCCCAAGAAGCACCUGAUGGGCAACUUCUCCGAGGAGAUGAUCUCUGAGCGCAAGCUAGCCUUCCAGGAGUACCUGAGCCUGCUCUACGCCAUCCGCUGCGUGCGGCGGUCCCGCGAGUUCAUCGACUUCCUCACGCGCCCCGAGCUCAGGGAGGCGUUCGGCUGCCUGCGCGGGGGGCAGUACAGCCGGGCCCUGGACAUCCUGGUGCGCGUGGUGCCCCUGCAGGAGAAGCUGACGGCCCACUGCCCCGUGAUGGUGGUCCCGGCGCUGUGCGCCAUGCUCGUGUGCCACCGGGACCUGGAGCGGCCGGCCGAGGCGUUCGCGGCCGGGGAGAGGGCGCUCCAGUGCCUGCAGGCCCGGGAGGGCCACCGCUACUACGCCCCCCUGCUGGACGCCAUGCUGCGCCUGGCCUACGCGCUGGGCAAGGACUUCGUGUCUCUGCAGGAAAAGCUGCAGGAGAGCCAGCUCCGCAAGCCCAGCCCCUGGGGCUUCACGCUGAAGGAGCUCACCGUCCGGGAAUAUCUGUACUGAGCCCCUCUGGCGGGCUGGCCGGAGUCUGUGGAUCGCCGCGACUGGGGGCGCGGUGGGGGGGGGGGGGGGGGGGGGCGGGGGAGUCGUGUUUAGUGGGAGGAGCCACUUGAGGCUCUAACUUGCUGGGUGACCUUGGACAAGCCCCUCCUCUGGUCCUCCACAUCCCCAUCUGUGUGGAUCGGAGGUGCUCCCCGGGGGUCCUCGGAAGCCUCUGCUUGUGUCGUGGGUCCCUUUGAUGCCAGGCUCACCUCGUCUGGAAACCACAAACCCAGCUGCCAAAAUGCCGGAGCGUAAGAUCCAGCUUCCUGAUGCUUUUGUGCGUCGCUGGAGGGGAGGUUUACAUUGCAGGCCGUGGACAAAGCUUAACCCACUUCCUCCAGGCAGCUCUCCCCACCAGCUGUCUGUCUUUUCUCUCUGCUCCUCCUCCCUGGGCAUUGCCUGCAAAGAUCGCCUCCAUCAUCCUAACUAUUCCAGCUCUUCUCUCUUAGCCUGUAGACCCGGCGCAGCAAAACAAAAGCUCACCCAUAGCUCCUCAAGGCCAGCUUGUCACCAAGGUGGGGUGUAUGUUACCCUUUCAAAGGUGGGAGGACACUGGGCUAGAACGUCAUCCGGUCAUAAGAUUCUGUGAAACGAGGCAUUUUUAGGAAGGGAAGUUGCCAACAAUUCUCUGGUUAGGAUGCUAUAACUCAGUGUCCAGGUGGGUUUUCAUUUAUAAGGCACCUGGCCCUUGACGGGGCUCCUUGAGUUACAUAGACAUAGCCCCAAAAAGAGGUGGGGGAUGAUACCCAGUGCAGCCUCUGGGAAGAACAGAGAAUGAAUGCUUAACACCUCCCCAUUUGAGGGGCAAUGUUCUUGGAACCCCUCUGAUGGGUUGGGAUGCCCUUGACUGGAGUCCGCUAUCAGGAAAGGACACCAGGAGCUCAGAGUGGAGGGGGAGCCUGGACCCAUAACCUAGGUUCAACACCGGGCCUGAAGCCGAUGGUCCAGGCUGGUUUGGGGCAAUAUGUGCUUGAGGCUGGAAGUCCCUGAAGACCUAAACCAUCUGGCUGAGCUUAUCAGAGUGAACUAAAGAGCCUAUAACUUGGCAUCCUCAUGCGGGGCACCAGUUUGGCCCGUGCAGGGAUCCAGGCUCAGCAAAGGGAUCACUGUAGCAGGGACGGGGCCUUCACCAAACUGCACCAGAAGGUGUUCAACAGCGACACCAUGUGGCAGCAGCUGGAGUGGCCCAAUCAGGCUCUGCUCUGGAGGCGAGAAACAGCCUGACACCUUGGGACAAAGAAAGCCUCGGGUCUCUCAAUUUACUGCGGGAGAAGGACACUUUGAGUGGGAGACGUUGGACCGCUUGAAAAUCUGGGCACAGAGAAAAUUAAAGUGUUCAGUGGAAAAAUAAAAGGCCGUGACUCUAUUUGCAAUAGUAAAGAAGA